AUGCUUUCCGUUCAGAACCCUGUCGCACCUUCCUCGCUGCUCAAGCACGACCUGGUCGAACCCAGCAUCAACGCCACUAGCACCUCCACUCCUGCGCAGAAGGACAACGUCGAACUCGAUGCUUGGCACCGUGACUUGCUUCGCGAUGGCUACUGCAUUGUCAAGGGAGCGGUGCCGAAAGAGAGAGCACUGCAGUACGCCGACAAGAUGCACGAAUGGCUCGAGGGAUUCCAGCUCGGCUAUGACCGCAACGACCUCAGCACCGUGCACAAGGACAAGCUUCCGUUCAUCACCGAAAAGGGAAUGUGCCUGCACUACGCCGUUACGCACGAAGACUUUGUAUGGAAGAUCCGCUCCGAGCCAGGAGUAGUGGGAGCCUUCUCCAAGUUCUUGGGCACCGAAGACCUGAUUGUGUCGUUCGAUGCAGUCAACUUUGGUUUCCCCAACCGUAAGGACCUGCCACCUAACAAGCCUUGGCCUCACCAGGAUCAGGAUCCUCUCAAGCCGGGCUUCCGAUGCAUGCAGGGCCUGGUCAACUUGCUGCCCAAUGGACCCGAUGACGGCGGCCUGAUCGUUUGCAAGGGCUCGCACGCGCUCUCGACGCAGUUCCACGAGGAGAUGGCGUGGGAGGAGAAGAUCCCCGCCUGGACCCCGGAAUGGUACGGCUUCACCGACAAGGGAAUGCAGUGGCUCAAGGAACACGGCUGCGAAUGGGUCAAAGUAUGCGCUGAGCCUGGCGACCUCCUUCUCUGGGACAGCCGCACUGCUCACUACAACCUCUCGAGCAAGACUGAGCAACCUCGCUUCUGCAUUUACACCUGCUUCAUGCCGGUAGCGGAUGCCUCGCAGGAAGAUCUUAUUCGAAAGAAGGAUGCCUUUGAGCGUCGUGUUGGUACCACCCACUGGCCCAAUGCGCGUCACACCGGAUCCAAUGUCGCCAAGCGCGACGGCCAAGAUGACCCUCACAACCGCGACCGCCCCAUUGAAGAGCCUCAGCUCGACGAGCGGGCGUUCAAGCUGACUGGCAUUCCUUACAUCAAGGCUUGA